UUCAUUAUUUGGAGGUUCUGGUGAGAAUGAUUUCCGUAGUUUGGGAGCUUUACCAUUUUCUUAUUUAUUGCCUAAUAGCAUCCUCAACCCAAGUCCAUUGACUAUUCAAUUAUGGAACAUGACCAAGUUAUUAUUAGUACUUGGAAGUGUAGCCAGUAUUAUAAUACCCAUCUUCAACCAAGUAAGGACUCCAGCCAAGAAGAAUAAUAACAAAAAUAGCUCUUCGCAUCCAUUAAUAGAUUGGUUCUUGAUAAGCUUUGGUAUGAAACUUCCUAAUAAAUUAUCUCCUGAAGAACGUACCCUGAUCAUUGGCCAUUUACAAGGUUCGGCUAAAGGUAGUUGGUCCACUUUAGUUUCUGACUACUUUUAUUUAAACACUUGUGAAAUUAAUUUUGAAAAUUGUUUCUUGUCAUUAUUAAUUGGAAGAAUGUUGCAAAGCAAAUACACCAAAUUCACCCCAAUUAUUAACCAUCAAUUAAUGAUGAAGGCCGGGUUAUUAAUGAAUCUUCACGAUAAAAGUGAUGAUAAGUACUUGAAGAAAUUGAACCAACUAGUUGGUAAGGUUGACGGUAUUUCCAUGUUUGCCAGUGAAGAUUUAAUUGCUCGUUUAACUAAUGUAUUUGAAGGUAAGCUAAUUCAUAACGGAAUCACUGAUGGUCAAAAUCAUAUCAAAUAUGUUGAAUUGUAUCAGGAAUUCCAAAAUGAUUAUUAUGGUAUUGUUUUAAACUGGAGAUUGUUGGAAAUUAUUCAUCAAUUGAAUUUGACGUACCUUGAAGAAUUGAAUGAAGAUCAUGAACAAAUUCUUAACGAUGUACAAACCAUUGAAAAGAUUUUGGAUCAGAAAUCCAGCAUUUACAAAUACUUUGAAUUAUUUGUUACAAUUAUUGAUUCUAAACGCUCCCCAAACUUGUAUGCUUCAUUAAGAGGAAAGGUCCAAAAUUCAUUAGAUAGAUUCAAAGCGGAAAUUGAAGGCUUAGAUUUAACUGAUCAUGAAAUUUACAACACUUCAGACGAAGAAAAUACCGAGCUUGAAGAUGCUCCUCCAGCCCCACCAAAGGUUAAGCCUAGUUUACGUGCUCAAAGAAGUUUAGUUGCUUCUUUGGGAUUAGUUGAUGAAGAAGAGUUUAUCAUUUUAACCAGUUGUUUGAUUUUAUACUUUACUAGUCUUCAACAACCAUCUCAAGCGCUGAGAUUAUUGUUUUACUUGAAGGAUUCUAGUUCCAAACUCACUUUACUUGGAUUCACUGCUUUGGUUACAUUGAUAAAUAACUUGAAACCUACUGCUGAUGAGGACUCGGAAGCAUUGGACAUUUUAGUAAAGAAUUGCCGUGAAUGGUUAAACGAUACUAAAUUAACUGACUUUAUGGAAGUUGAAUUACGAUCCGAAUUAACCAAGAUUGUGGUUAAUAAAGGUAUGAUUUUAAAUGGAGUUGAGGAUGAAACUGAGGAUAAUGUUGUUAUAAAUAAAGAUUGAAUAGAGUGAAGCCCAUAUGCUUUGUUAAUGCUUUCGCUUGAUUUUAAUAUGUUAUAUGUAUAGUUUUCUUGUUUUUAUAUCAUAAAAUUUAUAAAUAGUAUUUAUUUCUUGUUAAUACAGUUGUCAUUCGUUAAGUGUUAUUGUUGUAGAACUCGUCUUUAAAGAAUAUCAAUUGUUUGUAACUUGAGCAAUGUAUCAUAGAAGCUUGGCUAAGCGCAUAACUUACAGCCGAUUACUAUACGAAGUUAAUACUCCUUAUCCGUAGCGACCGUAGUAGAUUGCUAUUUCAGUAUGCACAACGAUCUCACUCAAAGAGCAUUUUAAAUAGAUACAAUAGGGUCUAAUUAUAGACCCUUAAAUGCGGGGAAUCACACGAGUAAGACCGUAUUGCUUUCGAAAUGGGCAAGUGGGGCACUUGCCAGGUUUUUGUUUCAGUUUGACAUUUGAAAUGGGGCCAUCCGUAUUUACACGAUGUCAUUGUUCCAGCAGUUGAAUUAUAAUCAAUAGGGUCGUGUAGCAAUGUGUAAAUGUGUUGAU